CACACAGAGAGAAAGAGACAGAAACCGAGGAGCAGCAGCCUAGAGCCCUGGCUGUGGGGGGUGGGGGCUGACUCACUUGGCCCCCUCCCUGGUGCCGAUGGGGCAGCCCCCACACCCCUGGGCGCUGGCACCGAGUCAGGCCCCACAGUUGGGAAGAAGGGAGAUGCAGCUCUGCUGUGCCUGACCCGAGUCCGCUGAGGAUGCACCCCGAGCUCAGGGACCGGUUGGUCCUCGGGCCGACAGGCGAUGUGUAGGCAGCGACCCCCCACAGCAGGCUCACUCCGGCGGCCGCCUGCUGGGGCCACCCUGGCCGCGGGCCCGCCGGGACACCACUGUUCACCGCGCCCCUCCCCGGGCCGAGCUCGUCCCCGGAGCCUCGCAGUAUUUCCUUCCUGCACCUUUAAGAAGACCGUUGCUCCGUGGUGGGAUGGUGUGUUAAAGCCACACAGAGGAAGUUACGCAGCCCGGAUCAGACCGGGAGAUAAAAGCCCCGAUGGUGACCGUGAGUGAUGGCAAGAGGAUUUAGCCUCGGCAUUAACUUGGAGCGGAGUGCAGGGGGGCGGUGAGGCGCCCCGCCAUCUGGCCGGCGCCGCGCCAGGGGGAUGUUCAGGCGCCUGGACCAGCAGCGGCGAAGCCCACCCAGGCCGGGGGCUGAGUGGGGCGCGCGUGCAGGUUCUCCCCUGGCUGCCCAGGGGGCCCCAAAAGUUUGCACUUGUUAACAGCGACCUCCCGAUCGGCCCGGGAGGGCCAUGCAAGCGGCGCGGUUGGCCCACUUCCCUGGCCCGCGUCUCCGGGACGGCUGCGGGCGGGCCCCCCGGCGGCCCGAGGGUUCCCCAGCCCAGAUCUGACGGUGGCCACCGCAGCGGCAGCGCGGGGCAGGAGUCUCCAGCUCUCAACCCUGCGGCCCGUGCGCCCACCCAGCACCCGCCAGAGGGUGGCGGUCUCCGGCCUCUCGGGGCUCGCUCCGGGAAGCUGCUCCGAGCCCCGGUGCUGCUGCUAAUGAACACAUUCUCUCUCUUUUCUCUUCACAAUGAAAGUCAAGCCUGAGGUACCUGGAUGAAGUGAGAGUUGAAGUCUCCGGAAUUUCACAAUAAGUGGCCUAUGGCUAUGAGCCAAGGUCAGCUGGCCCCCGUGCCUUGGCCCCACACCAGAGCAGAGGCGAAUCCAGUUAACACCUCAGUGGCUUUUUGUAUAGUCCAUUCACAGGGUCGUUGUCACUUUCAGCCCAUAUGAAAAGAAAUCUUUUUAUUGGUCUGAGAGACCAAGUCCAGUCCCAAAGAGGGGACUGGUUUCCAUCUAACACGCACACCUCCUGAUUCCGUGUUAUCUUCACCGUGCAGGCUGGUAUGCGGUUGUGUGCAGCACGUCGCACAUUAAGGGCCCUUUAAAGACCUGGAUUGAUUGGAAGGACAAAAAUUAAAAGCAAUCUGAUCCAGCCCCAUGCCGGAUCCCUGCGGAUUUCCUCCUUAUCCCAUUUCCAUCCACUGUCACAAUUUGAGAGUCUGCCCGAUUUGAUCAGCUUCACCUCCAGGGGAGGUGUAACACCAAGGUUAGGAGGACACCGAGUUACAGGCAACUUUUUGAUCUGCCCAUCAGCAGCCUGAGAAACGCUGGCUCUGGAUUUUCUGUAUCAGCCAUUUGGAAAACACAAGCUCCCACUAUUGGCAGACCUGCAGUGUUUAAGUCAACGGUACACCCCAGACACCACCGCCUGGCAGAUGUGACAUUUCCAUGCUGAGGUCCCAAGUGCCCCCUGACCCCACCACCACCUCUCCAGUGCAGCUCUGGGCCCCACCCAUUUGGACUGCGCAGCCAUGCUGCGCCUGCUGGCUCUCUUCCUGCACUGCCUCCCGCUGGUCUCUGGGGACUACGACAUCUGCAAAUCCUGGGUGACCACAGAUGAGGGCCCCACUUGGGAAUUCUACGCCUGCCAGCCCAAGGUGAUGCGCCUGAAGGAUUAUGUCAAGGUCAAAGUGGAGCCUUCAGGCAUCACAUGCGGAGACCCCCCUGAAAGGUUCUGUUCCCAUGAGAACCCCUACCUGUGCAGUAACGAGUGUGAUGCCUCCAAUCCCGACCUGGCCCACCCGCCCCGGCUUAUGUUUGACAGGGAAGAUGAGGGACUGGCCACCUACUGGCAAAGCGUCACGUGGAGUCGCUACCCCAGUCCACUGGAGGCCAACAUCACCCUCUCAUGGAACAAGAGCGUGGAGUUGACAGACGACGUGGUGAUGACUUUUGAGUAUGGCCGGCCCACGGUCAUGGUCCUCGAGAAGUCCCUGGACAAUGGCCGCACCUGGCAGCCAUACCAGUUCUAUGCAGAGGACUGCAUGGAGGCCUUCGGCAUGUCUGCCCGCCGUGCCCGAGACAUGUCACCCUCCAGCGCCCACCGGGUGCUCUGCACCGAGGAGUACUCACGCUGGGCAGGGUCCAAGAAAGAGAAGCAUGUGCGCUUUGAGGUAAGGGACCGCUUUGCCAUCUUUGCCGGCCCUGACCUGCGUAACAUGGACAACCUGUACACGAGGAUGGAGAGCGCCAAGGGCCUCAAGGAGUUCUUCACCUUCACUGACCUGCGCAUGCGCCUGCUGCGUCCUGCGCUGGGUGGCACCUACGUGCAGCGAGAGAACCUGUACAAGUACUUCUAUGCCAUCUCCAAUAUCGAAGUCAUUGGCAGGUGUAAGUGCAACCUGCAUGCCAACCUGUGCACAGUGCGCGAGGGCAGCCUGCAGUGUGAGUGUGAACACAACACCACGGGCCCCGACUGUGGCAAGUGCAAGAAGAACUUCCGCACACGCGCCUGGCGAGCUGGCUCCUACCUGCCGCUGCCCCACGGCUCUCCCAAUGCCUGUGCGGCCGCGGGCUCCGCCUUUGGCAGUCAGACCAAGCCACCUACUAUGACCCCCCUUGGGGACAGCUCCUUCUGGCCCCAGGUGUCCUCCAGUGCAGAAGCUGUAGCUAUCUCUGUCGCUGUCCCUUCCCAAGCCAAGGACUCUACGCUUUUCCAGCUCAAGCCCAGAUCUCCUCAGGUGAUACCCAUUGAAGAAUUUCAAGACUGCGAGUGCUAUGGCCACUCCAACCGUUGCAGCUACAUUGACUUCCUGAACGUGGUGACCUGCGUCAGCUGCAAACACAACACUCGAGGCCAGCACUGUCAGCACUGCCGCCUGGGCUACUAUCGCAAUGGCUCCGCAGAGCUGGAUGACGAGAAUGUCUGCAUUGAAUGUAACUGUAACCAGAUCGGCUCUGUGCAUGAUCGAUGCAAUGAGACAGGCUUCUGCGAGUGCAGGGAGGGCGCGGUGGGGCCCAAGUGCGACGACUGCCUUCCCACACACUACUGGCGCCAAGGAUGCUAUCCCAAUGUGUGCGACGAUGACCAGUUGCUCUGCCAGAACGGCGGCACCUGCCAGCAGAACCAACGCUGCGCCUGCCCGCCCGGCUACACCGGCAUUCGCUGUGAGCAGCCCCGCUGUGACCUCGCGGACGACGCUGGCCCGGACUGUGACCGCGCGCCAGGCAUCGUCCCGCGCCCCGACACCCUGCUCGGAUGCCUGCUGCUGCUCGGGCUGGCCGCCCGUCUGGCCUGCUGAGCCCGUUCUAAAGGUCCAGGGGUCCUUGGCCCGGCGGCGACACGGGUGCGGCCGAGCUGCUCCCAGGUGCUACUCGCAGAGUCCUCCCGCCCUCCCUGCUCUGCCCGCGCUCACCAGCCCCGCCCGGCACUGCCCUCGCCGGCCACAGGGGGGCGCUGUGGAGCCCUGGCCCGGCGGACUUCGAAUUUCAGUUUUUUAUGACCUAAUGGCUCUAUCGUUUUUUCCAUUUUCCCAUGUUUCUUUCUUUGCUCUCUUCUUCAUGUUCUUCUUGUUGUCCUUGUU